AAAAAAAAAAAAAAAAAAAAAAGCAGAAUGAAGACGUUUGUAAAUAUUUUUCUGGGAUUUUUUAUCUUUGAGUAUGUUGGAGCUGUACCUAUCACUGAUCCUUUAACUUAUGAUUCUGAGUUCUAUGAUGUUUCACUUGGAGAACUGCCUCACCCAUUUGCCUAUGCUGAAACUGAGCAAUCUGACCAAUUAGAGACAGAGAUUGGGACUGCGAUACCUUCUAUAAUUCAAGAGAGUUAUUCUUCUGCACCACUGACAGAAGAAACUGAGGAAGAAGCAUCAACACCAAAAUUAAUUGAUGGAUCUUCUGCACAAGGGUCUGGGGUUCUUGUGCCCCAAACUCAAGAUGGCCUUCCCACGUGCCUGUUGUGUACAUGCCUAGGAACAACAGUCUACUGUGAUGACCACGAGCUGGAUGCUGUUCCACCACUGCCUAAGAAAACCACGUAUUUCUACUCACGCUACAACCGAAUCAGGAAGAUAAACAAAAACGACUUUGCUAACUUAAAUAACUUAAAAAGGAUUGAUUUGACUGCGAAUCUAAUAUCAGAGAUCCAUGAAGAUGCCUUCCGGAGACUGCCCCAACUUCAGGAACUUGUGCUCCGUGACAACAGGAUAAGGCAACUUCCUGAGCUGCCAUCUACCUUGACUUUCAUUGAUAUUAGCAACAACAGGCUUGGUCGCAAGGGAAUCCGUAAUGAGGCAUUUAAAGAUCUGCAUGAAUUACAGCAUCUUUACAUCACUGACAAUAACUUGGAUCACGUUCCAUUGCCACUCCCUGAAAGCCUCCAAGCACUUCAUCUUCAGAACAACAACAUUCAAGAGAUGCACGAAGAUACUUUCUGCAAAAUGAGAGAUUUCACUUAUGUCCGCAGGGCUCUUGAGGACAUCAGACUGGAUGGUAAUCCAAUCAACUUGAGCAAAACCCCUUAUGCAUAUAUGUGUCUACCCCGUUUGCCAGUUGGUAACCUCAUCUAA